AAAGGUUGGGAUCAAAAUGGUGAGGGCUCCUUGUUGUGAGAAAGUGGGACUAAAGAAGGGGCCUUGGACUACUGAAGAAGAUCACAUCCUCACCUCUUACAUCCAAACUCACGGCUACGGCAACUGGAGAGCUCUCCCCAAAAGAGCUGGUUUGCUGAGGUGUGGGAAGAGCUGCAGGCUUCGUUGGACUAAUUACCUGCGACCCGAUAUCAAGCGAGGAAACUUCACAAAAGAAGAAGAGGACUUGAUCAUCAACUUGCAUGAAAAGCUGGGUAACAAGUGGUCAGCGAUUGCAUCAAAUUUGCCAAGCAGGACAGAUAACGAGAUCAAGAACGUAUGGCACACUCACUUGAAGAAGAGAGCAAAUCAUUAUAUCGAAGAACCCAAGCGAAAGCCUAGGCGACCAAAAUCCAAGACUAGUAUUCGUGUCGAACCCAAACCCGUAACGAUAGCAACAUCAGACCCGAGUACUGCAACACAAACAAGCUCGAUCCCGUCGAGUACUCCAACGUCUCCUGGCUGGUCACACUGUGACAUCUCUAGCUCGUUCACAAAUGAGACUCGCAACAUGGGUGCGUCCUACGCUUUCACGAACAACGAGUCUAUGGAUUCAUCUUCAGCGCAGGACUUGGUAGAGUUUGAUGAGAGCUUACUGAAUGAAGCAUUGUCAAUGGAGAAUUGGGAUGAUGUUCCUAUGGAUGCAAAGGCUACAGCUCAAGAGCAGUCAGUACUCAACCAUUUUGGUGGAGAAUUAUUGUGCUCGGAUAGUUUCUGUGAGGAUGAGAAUAUAGACUUCUGGUUGAGGACUUUUAUGGAGUCUGUAGAGCUGCAUGACUUGCCGGAGUUAUAAUUUAAUUAAUUAAGGAUUAGUUAGUUAAUUAAGAGAACUCAAUU